AUGAGGCUGCUUUUGUCAGGCCAGCGUAUGCGUCCUUCUCUCUGCAGCCAUGUCUACGCGAAACCAUCAUCACCAGGAUCUGCUACAAGAGCAGCGAUGAAUUACAGAUACAGCUCAAGCACUGCAUCACCACCGUCGCCUUGCUCAAAACAGGGCGCCCUGACAGGCAUCAAAAUCAUAGACCUCUCACGAGUUCUGGCGGGCCCCUUCUGUACCCAGAUCCUUGCCGAUUAUGGCGCCGAGGUCACAAAGGUGGAGGCUGUUGGUAAAGGGGAUGACACACGGCACUGGAUGAUGACUGGUGAGAAGGCCGCAUGGAAUGAGUCCAGCGGUCCCAUCUCCAACUACUUCGCAGCCGUGAACCGAAACAAGCGUUCUAUCACCGUCAACUUCAAAAAGGCCGAGGGACGACAGCUGAUUCUCGAUCUGAUCAAAGACUCUGAUGUAGUGGUCGAGAACUUCAAACCAGGCACCAUGGAGCGUCUGGGAUUAGGCUACGACGUGCUCAAGGAGAUUAACCCUCGUAUCAUCUAUGCAGGCUUAUCAGGCUAUGGACGGACUGGCCCCUACCGCACUCGCGGAGGCUAUGAUCCCAUCGCCGCCGCCGAGGCUGGUCUCCUCCAUGUAACAGGCGAGAAGAAUGGUCCUCCUGUGCGAGCUGGUAUCGGCCUGGUAGACAUGUCGACAGGACUCUUCCUGCACGGUGCCAUCCUCUCAGCCCUCAUCGCUCGUGCGCGAGACGGAACAGGCCAGCGAGUCGACGCCAGCUUGUUCGAGACGCAACUCAGCCUUUUGACUAACGUCGGUCUCGCUUGGCUCAACCUUGGCAUCGAGGCCGAGCGCUGGGGUUGCCAGCACCCAAGCAUUGCACCCUACGAUGCCUUCAAGACUAAAGACCGCUACCUCGUAUGUGGUGCCACCAACGAUGCCCAAUAUGCUGCGCUGUGUCGCCUCCUGGGUGUGGAGCACUUGGCCACCGAUCCUCGAUUUCUUACCAACCCCCUACGCGUGCAACAUCGCGACGAGCUUGCCGCUCUCUUGGGCCCCAUCUUCGCCUCCAAGACCAUCGACGAGUGGAUCGCGCUGUUCGAGCCCUCAGGGCUCCCCUUUGGCCCAAUCAAUAACAUGGAGGCCACCUUUGCCCAUCCUCAGACGGCUGCGAGAGAUAUGAUUAUUGAUGUGCCUUUGGAAGCUGCUUGCGCUGGCUCAAUCAAGGUUAUCGGGCCUGCUGUUAAGUUUGGCGAUAGCAAGACAGGCUUGCGGACAGGUCCACCUCGCCUGGGCCAGCAUACAGUUGAGAUCUUAGAGGAGAUGGGUAUGGACGCUGAGACUAUUACAAAGUAUAAGAAGGAUGGUAUUGUAUAG